AUGGCGAGACCUGACCCGUUUUUCUAUGAUAUUCUUCAAGUGAUAUAUAAUAAUGUGUGUGUCUUUGUGAGACAACAAGGUAAAACCUUCCUAGCAUUGUUGGUGUAUGUCGAUAACAUUGUUAUUGCCAGUAAUGACGAUCAGACUAUCGAAGAACUCAAAGGAAUCACCUUGUGCCAAAGAAAAUAUGCAUUGAAUCUCUUAACUAAGACUGGAUAUCUUGGUUGUAAAUCCUCAUCUAUUCCUAUGGAUCCUAAUAUCAAGAUGUCUAAAGAUGAUGGCGAGCUCCUGAGUGAUAUCACCAGCUAUCGGCGACUAAUUGGAAAACUGUUGUAUUUAAUCAUCUCUCGCCCUGACAUAUGCUACUCUGUCAAUAGAUUGAGUCAGUUUCUGGCUGCUCCUAGAACCAGUCACCUUCAAGCCGCCUUACGGAUUCUCCAGUACAUCAAGAGGACCCCUGGACAAGGUCUUUUCUUUCCUUCAUCAUCUGCCAUUCAGAUUAAGGCAUUUUCUGAUGCUGAUUGGGCCACAUGUCCGGAUACUAGAAGAUCCAUCACUGGUUUUUGUGUUUUCCUUGGGUCUUCAUUAAUCUCAUGGAAAUCAAAGAAACAACAAGUCGUUUCUCGGUCAUCUGCUGAAGCCGAAUAUCGCUCCAUGGCCAACACUACUUGCGAAAUUGUUUGGAUUCUGAAGCUGUUACGUGACUUAAAGGUUCAACACCAAGGCCCUGCAUUACUUUACUGUGAUAAUCAAGCCGCUUUACAUAUUGCUUCAAAUCCAAUGUAUCAUGAAAGAAUAAAACACAUUGAAUUUGAUUGUCAUUUUGUUCGUGAGAAGAUUCAAGAUGGUACCGUGAAGACGAUGCACAUAUCCACUCGAAAUCAACUAGCAGAUAUAAUAACAAAGGUCCUUCAUCCUGUGCAAUUCGCCAAUUUGCUGAGCAAGAUGGGUACGAUAAAUCUGUAUUUUCUAUCUUGA